GAUAAGCAGACAUCCGGUAUUUGAGUUGGCUAAAAUGAUCGUUGUUUAUCUUGUUGUAACAGCAGCGGCUCUUGCUCUGUUCGACAUUGCAUAUUUCAUAAGACUUGUCAUUUCAGGAAUUUUGUAUUCUCUAAAAUGGAAUCAGCAACCGCCCAUAUUGGAAGAAAGUCUGAUAAAUGGAUUAUGUUGGUUUAGCGAUAUGGAUGCCAACUGGCACAUGAACAACUCCCGCUAUCUCCGGGAAUGUGAUUUUGCCAGGAUGAAACUCCUUCUAGAAAAGGGCAUUUGGAAAGGUCUUCAAAAAUGCAACGCAACAAUUAUUAAUGGUGGUAGUACGAUAAGAUAUAGGAAAUCUCUACAGCUCUUUGACUUUUUCCAGAUAAGAUCAAAGAUUCUUCAUUGGGAUUCUAAGGCAUUUUAUAUAGAACACCAAAUAGUAGAAACAAAGACUAAUUUUGUGUCUGCUAUUGCAAUAGUCAAAAUGGUGGUGAAAGGAGCAAGUCCAGAGAGUGUCAUAAAUAACAUGAACUCCACCCUUCAGUCACCCCCACCACCCCUAGAACUACAAAGAUUUAUAGAAUUAAAUCAAAUCUCUAGUGAAAAACUCAGGAAAACUUUGUAAUUUUAUGUUAUCAAAAGAUUUUUAAUUUUAAUGAUUUUAUCAAAUUCAGCCUGUGAUACAUACAGUAUUAAUUAGCAUGACAAUCUUUUUUCUGAUCAAAAUUUGUUUGUCAAUUAUUGUAGUUAACUUUUCACAUUUGUUUUACCUGUACUCCAGAAUUAACUUCAACCAACCUUGGCACAAAGCAUCCUGGGUAAAGGAGAUUAAAGUUUGUUCAAAUGAAGGGGUCAUAGGUAACUAGAAAAUUGCGAGAAUAAGUUGGGGUUUGUAAAAAAAAUCUGAUCAGGACUUGACCAGAAAAUCCUAAUCGUGUAAAAGCUUUAUUUUUAAACCAUGACUCUGGGGGCAUAGGGGGACUGUAAUAGUUUUUAUUCAAUAAGUUUUAAUGUGGAAUAUGUAGAAGAAUCAUCUUAAGAACCACAAUAUACAAACACUAGAGAUUGUUUUUAGAAAAAACAAAUGUCUCCUCAAAUUCAAAGUGCUCCAUAUGAAACCUCCUCCCUUUAAUGUACUGCAUGUUAUGGAGAAGAAAGUAUGAGCAGGAACAUAGACAAUAUGAACUCCAAUAAUCCACAUAGGAAAAGUGUUCACAAACUAUUUUACACCUUCCACCCCUCAGAUCCUUUACAACUUUAAGGACAACAAUUGGAUCCUCCUGUCCCUGCAAUAUGCACAUCUACAAAUGGCAAUGAAGCAUUGUACAAAAUUCCAAAUCUAUCAGAUAAGCCAUAUAGGAGAAGUGUUCACAAUCUAUUUUACAUCCUCCACCCCUCUUAGAUCCACUAUAACUUUUAGGUAAAUAAUUUGAUCCUCCUGUCCCACCAAUAUGCACAUCUACAAAUGGCAAUGAAGCAUUGUACAAAGUUUCAAGUCUAUCGAUAAGCCAUAUAGGAGAAGUGUUCAUAAGAUAUUGUGACAGACAGAAAGUACAAAAACAUGUCUCCCCCAGAAAGAGGGAAGACAUAAUUAUAUUGUGUUUAUGUUUUAUCAACCCGUGAACACCAUAACCUAGACAUGGCGUUUAAAAUUCUACAUACUAGGAAUGUAUCUAAAAGAAAUCUACUGAAAUUUUCUCUCAAGAAAAGAACUUUGUUUUAUUGAUAUGCAUCCAUCCUCACGUAGUGUAGAUUCAGUGCAGCCACAUUAGAAUGACUCAAAGUUUAUAUGAUGAGGCAGUCAGAUUAUCUCUGUAUGAACACGACUCAGGUGAUGAAACAGAGUCAAAUUAUCUCUGUAUGAUUGAACAUGACUCAGGUGAUGAAACGGAGUCAGACUAUCUCUGUAUGAACACGACCCAGGUGAUGAAACGGAGUCAGAUUAUCUCUGUAUGAACACGACUCAGGUGAUGAAACGGAGUCAGAUUAUCUCUGUAUGAACACGACUCGGGUGAUGAAACGGAGUCAGAUUAUCUCUGUAUGAACAUGACUCAUGUGAGCACUGUGACUGAUGAGCCCUUUUAAUUUCUUGAUCAAUAUAACUAAAUUACAGCUCUUACCUUGAUGUAAUUUUUUUUACUGCAGUAUUAACUGUAUUAUUAUAUAGUAUUAUUACUGCAGUUUUAAUGCAGUAUUAACUUGACCAUUCCUUUCUGAAAUUGUCUACAUGUGUUCUGUAUUGAAUUAAAUAUUCAUUGUAA